ACCCACACCCCACACCCACACCCACCCACACCCCACACCCACACCCAUCUAGUAGAUUCAUUAAGUGAUACAUGUCGUUCAGUAUCUCAAUCAAAUAUAGUUGGUAUAAUUGGUCCACAUUUAUCAAGAGAAGCAGUUAUAAUAUCUCCAGUUGGUCAAUCUCUUGGUAUACCAGUUAUAGCAUAUAGUGCAACCAGUCCUGAUUUGUCUGAUAAAAUUGCCUAUCCAAAUUUUUACCGAACAGUUCCGUCAGACAAUAUAGCUGCAAAAGCUCUUGUUAAACUAUUCAAUAGAUAUGACUGGACAUCAUGUGUAAUAAUUUAUCAAAAUGAUGCAUUUGGAUCUGGUGCAUCAAAAACUAUAAGUGAUGCAUUUUAUAUAAGUGGAUUGACAAUAACACAAACGAUUACAUUUGAUAUAGCAAAACGUAGUUUUCGUGCUGAUUUAAAAAAUAUUUUAAUGAAUUCUCCAACACGAAUUAUUAUAGUAUGGGCUGAAACAGUUUAUACAUAUAUUAUAUUAGAAGAAGCGCUUCGAUCUAAUGUUGUUGGUCCACAUUUCACAUGGAUAUUAAGUUCUCGUGUAUCACUAAAUUCUUUCAAUAGAGCAUAUAAAGAUAAUUUAAUUUGGAAUGAUUAUAAUUGA